GUAGAAUUUUCCUCUACCGAGCUAAAUGGAAACCACUGAAUAGAAAAAUAUCUUCUUCCUCCAUUUCUGAAUCUCAAACCAGAUUUCUCCUUUCUCUGAUGUCUCCACAGUCUUCCCUUCUGCUCAUCUUUACCACAACUACCCUUCUCUGCAACUCAGCAUCGUGCCUUGAUUUUGUCUUUAACACUAACUUCAACUCCACUAAUCUACUCACCUUCGGCAUUGCCGCAAUUGAUUCUUCUUCCAUUCUCUCCAUCACAAACGACACCGUUUUCUCUAUUGGCCGUGGAUUCUUCCCUUCCAAAAUACCCACAAGACAACCCAAUUCAUCCACCCUUCUCCCCUUCUCCACCUCCUUCAUCUUCUCAAUUGCUCCUUUCAGAAAUCGUCUCCCCGGCCAUGGCUUCGCAUUCAUCUUCAUGCCCCGUAUGGGCAUUGACGGCGCCAGCUCUGCUCAGCAUCUGGGUAUGCUCAAUUUCACCAACAACGGCGAUCCCAAUAACAAUAUAUUUGGUGUUGAGUUUGAUGUGUUUGCAAACCAGGAAUUCAGUGAUAUGAAUGCUAAUCAUGUGGGUAUUGAUGUCAACUCUCUUGCAUCUGUAGCUUCGAGUACGGCAGGGUUUUGGAGAGGUAAGAAUGAUGAUAAGUUCAAGGAGUUGCAGCUAAAUAAUGGUGAGAAUUACCGGGCUUGGAUUGAUUUUGACAGUUCAAGGAUUAAUGUAACCAUGGCUAAAGUUGGGAUGAAAAGGCCAAGGAGGCCUUUGAUAAGUGAAUUGGUGAAUCUAAAUGGAGUGUUGGAUGAAAUGUUUGUGGGAUUUUGUGGGGCAACAGGGCAAUUAGUUGAGAGUCACAAGAUUUUGGCAUGGAGCUUUAGUAACUCUAAUUUCUCUAUUGGUGGCUUGGUGACAACAAAUUUGCCUUCUUUUGUUCUUGGUGGGAAUUCAGUUGUUCAAUCAAAAGGGUUUAUUGCUGGUGUCAGUGUUGCUUGUGUGCUUCUUGUUGGGAUUGGAGUUGUUGUUUAUGUGUUUUUGUAUAGGAGACAGAAGAGUAGAGUGCUGAAAGAUGAUGUUGAAGAUUGGGAGACAGAGUACUGGCCUCAUAGGAUUAGUUACCAGGAGAUUCAUGCUGCAACAAAUGGUUUCUCCAAAGAAAAUGUGAUUGGAACCGGAGGAUAUGGAACCGUUUAUAAAGGGAUAUUGGCCGGAACAGAAGUUGCGGUGAAGAGGAUCCACCAUGAGAGUGAGAAUGCCAUGAGAGAAUUCUUAGCUGAAGUUUCAAGCUUAGGAAGAUUGAAGCAUAGAAAUUUGGUACAAUUGAGGGGGUGGUGUAAGCAAGACAAGGGAAGUUUGACUUUGGUUUAUGAUUAUAUGGAAAAUGGGAGUGUGGACAAGAGGAUUUUUGAUUGUGAUGAGAGUUUAAUGCUGAGUUGGGAAGAGAGAAUCAAGGUCUUGAAAGAUUCAGCUAAUGGGAUUUUGUAUCUCCAUGAAGGAUGGGAAGCUAAAGUCUUGCAUAGGGACAUCAAGGCAAGCAAUGUCUUGCUUGACAAGGACAUGAAUGCAAGGCUUGGUGAUUUUGGAUUAGCACGGAUACAUCAUCAUCAACAGGAAUUAGCUACCACCACACAAGUGGUAGGAACUGUAGGAUAUUUGGCACCGGAAGUGGUGACAACUGGGCGAACCUCUACUCAAUCAGAUGUGUUUGGCUUUGGUGUGUUGAUCUUAGAAGUGGUUUGUGGUCAAAGACCAAAUGAAGAAGGGAAGCCAAGCCUGGUUGAUCGGUUAUGGUGUCUAAUGGAGAGGAACGAGUUGGUUUUGGCGCUCGAUGAUCAGUUAAAAUCCAGACAGGGAUAUAAUCAAGAAGAUGUGGAAAGAAUUUUGCAUUUGGGUUUGUUGUGUGCUCAUCCUGAUCCUCAAGUUAGGCCAACAAUGAGGCAAGUUGUGGAGAUUUUGGAGGUGGGAAAUGGCGAAAUCGGAGAGUUAAACUUGCUAGAGAGAAUUAGAACAUCAGCAAUGUGGUCUAGGUACAAUUCCAACUUAGGUAGCAGAGGUCACCCAACAAUUAAAGAAAUUAAGAAUCUCUCUAUAUCCACAUCCUUGACAAACUCAGAUGAAAUGCUAGAAGGCAGGUAGAUAAUGUGUUUAUCUUGGUGAGUAUAUAUAUAAUCAUGUUAAUGGAUCAUAUUUACAAAUUCAAUUACAGUUUUCUCCAUUUCUUUUAUGAGGUUCCUCUUCUAUUUUUAUGGUAUUAUUUUCUUGUAUAGAGGUAAAUGAGGGUAAAGAUGAAGGUGGGAAAUGCUACUGAAGAGAGAACUUUGUUCUUGUGACUUAAUGCAAUGUAAAUUGUUUUUGAUGUACA